UUUCCUUCAUCUCUAUCAGGCAAUUUCCAGAGAAUGUAUUUUUCCUUCAUUUAUUCGAAUUUGAAGCUAAUUUUAGCCACCCAAUUAUCCGUUAAAGGAGUUUCUUAAUAUCAGCUUCUCAAAUCGGUGUUACGACACUCAAUCGUAUCUAUCCGAUGUUAUCAGAGAAAUUGCAUCGUUUCUCUUUACAAUCUAGGGUUAGAAAUGCAUCGUGUCUUCUAAUUUCAGUUCCAAUUGGAUGAUCAUGGGCGGUGCUGAUACUUAAUAUUUGAAGACCGAAAAUCUCCCUACACCAGAGAUGAUUCAACAACCUUUGCUGUUCCUAGUCACGCAGCAGCAGCAGCCAAUGUAUGAAAUACGGCCAAGGCUGGCUAAGGCCAAGCAAGCUUCUCGGCGUGCAAUCUUGGUGCAGCCGUGGUACAAAUGGCGCUUGUUCAGGAAUCAUCAGAACAAGUUGAAGAAAUCAACAACAUGUCUACAUCAAAACAAGUUGAAGAAUCAUCAAAACAAGUUGAAGAAUCAUCAGAAUCUGAUGAGCUUACUAUUUCAGAACGAUGUUGGGGAAACUGUAAGAAUGAAGCACUGUACUUUGGGUAUUCACCUUUAUUUGUUCACUUGGCUGCUGGGAGUUUAGAUGAUAAACAAUUUUAUCAAUAUGUUGCUAAUCAUGAACAUCUUCUGAACAGUUUUAGGAAGUGUAUAAGUUAGCAGCAGAUCAAUGUGAAGAUGAUUCUGAUAAGGCUGCAUUCUUAGGGUGGAGUAAUAAUGUGGAGCAAGAAUUGGAAAGGCACAAUUCUUUUGUUGAACAAAAACUGGGUUUAAACCCUACAAAAGAUACCACUCUUCCCCAUGCAACAGCGAAAUACAAAGAGUUCUUGUUAGCUACUGCUUCCGGUAACGUACAAGAUAGUGGAAUUCCAAUACACCAGUCAAAAAUUCCUGCCUAUACUCUUGGUGCUAUGACGCCAAGCCUGAGAAUCUAUGCCUUUCUUAGUAAGGCGAUGCAGAAACUUGUCAGUCCGUAUGUUAAUUCUCACCCAUACAGCAAGUGGUUGAAGGAAUAUUCUUAUAUAAAUUUCGAGACACCAUAUCUGCAUACCGAGGACGUGCUUGAUGAGCUAUGCGACUCUUUGACAGCCAAAGGGGUUGAAGUCGUAGAAAGGCUUUAUUGUCAAGCUAUGAGAUAUGAAAUGGACUUCUUUUAUUCUCGGCAGUCUGAGCAAAACCUGAUCAUCCCAAUAUAUACAAAGCUUGAUCCUAAGGAGGAAAGUCUGAUGCUAUUUGCAGAUUUUGAUUUUACAUGUACCAGUGUGGCUUCUGUGGAAAUAUUAGCAAACAUUGAAAUAUUGACUGCUCAAAAACCUGAUCAUCAACUGCUGGGUGAGGAUAGAGAUGGACAUUCUCAGGUUACGUCAAAAGAUUUGAGGAAGACUUGGGAGCUUCUUUCCCAGCAGUAUACUUCGGAGAAUGAUAAUUUCAUAGAGAAAAUUAUGCUCGGUGAAAAAGCUGUUAGUUUUGAUUACGAAGGACUCUACAGUGCGUUUGAGAAGCUGUCAUCUCCUGAUGGGAAAGUAGUUUCAAGAAUAUUUGAUUCUGGUGUACUGAAGGGCAUAAGCUUGGAGGACAUAAAGCAAGCUGGCAAAUGUAUGGAACUUCAUAAUGGUUGCUUGAACUUUUUUGAGAAGGUGAACAACCUGGAUGUAUCUGUCAAUGUAAUGUCAUGUUGGAGUGGGGAUUUAACUAGGUCAGCUCUUUCAGGUGGUUUAGACAUGUUGAAAGUAGACGGGAACGAGUUCAGUUAUGCAGAUGGAACUUUUACGGGUGAAGUAACUCGCCAGGCACAUCAGUCUGUUACAGCAAAACUUAAAUAUUUUGAGGACAUGGUGCAGGAGCAUGCAAGUGAACAUGGCGUCGGUGCCCGUACUGUUUACAUUGGUGACUCAGUGAGUGACUUGCUAUGCCUGCUUACAGCUGAUAUUGGCAUUGUGAUUGGGUCAAACAAAAGCUUAAUGAAGGCGGGAAAACACUUUGGUAUUACAUUUACACCUCUGUUUGCUGGUGUGGUCAAGGAACAGAGAAAACGCUUUGAAACUGGCAACCCUAUUGUCUGGAAAGGUGGUUUAUCUGGUACUCUUUACACUGUUGCUAGCUGGAUAGAAAUACACGCCUUCAUUCUGGGUCGUCAUCUAGUUAAUGAGGAACUCUGAUCUCUAAUGUCCAAGUUCUGGAAUUGAGCUGUGGGUAUGUACAGAUGGUGUUUGAUGGCGCGUUUUAUGGAGGGCCAUGAAUUGAACUAGUGAGCUGUCUGAACAAUGAUGAAGAUUUAUGUGAAUAGUUUCUGGAGUAGUUUUUUUAUUUUACAUCUGUUGUCUGUAGAUUUUGGUAUCUGUUUUCCUUUCUUCUUUGAAAUAGUAACAUUGCAGUAAUAAACUAAUACCAUAGGAGCAAGAUUUAAUACAGAUUUUUGUGUUUGAUUUUGACUUUCA